AUGACGUCAACCUCGUACAACACGAAUACUAACAACAAAAUAAACGAAAACCUCCACGACUCCACGUACGAACCCGUGAACGAUAAACUUCUCGGAUCCGGCUCGUACGGGUUGACGAAACUCAUGAGGGAAAAAUCUACGGGCAAACAAUACGCGAUUAAAUACAUCGAACGAGGCGAUAAGAUCACCGAACACGUGAGACGAGAAAUUGUGAACCACAGAAACUUGAACCAUCCAAACGUGGUGAAAUUUAGGCAGUGUUUACUCACGCCGACGCAUUUAGCGGUCGCGAUGGAAGCCGUCGGCGGAGGCGAACUGUUCAGUUACGUCCAACAGCAAGGGAAGUUUAACGAGUCGCAGGCGAGGUAUUUUUUCCAACAUCUCAUCAGCGGAGUGGAGUAUUUACACAACAUGAGGAUUUCACACAGAGAUUUGAAGCUAGAAAACACUCUGGUGGAUUUGAACGAGACGCCGACGCUGAAGAUUUGCGAUUUUGGGUUUAGUAAAGGUGGGUUUGAUUCACAGCCAAAGACGCAAAUCGGGACGCCGGCGUACAUCGCGCCCGAGGUGUACGCCGGAGUGCAACCGUACGAUGGACAGGCAAGUGACGUGUGGGCGUGCGGGGUGUUGUUGUACGUGACGUUGGUUGGGAGAUACCCGUUUCAAGAUCCGAAAGAUCCCGGGAGUAGUCAUAAGAUGAUGCAAAGAGUGUUGAGCGGCACGACGGAGAUUCCGAGUUCUUUGAGCGAAGAGUGUAAGGAUUUGAUGGGGAAGAUUUUCGUGACCGAUCCGAAAAAGAGAGCGUCGAUUGAGGAUAUUUAUAUGCACCCGUGGUUUCGGCACGAUUUAUCGCCGAAUGUGCCGCUUGGAAACACGCAACCCGGGCCUGCAGAUGGGGACAUGUUGAAGGAGCUGCAAUCGCUGGAGGAGAUCAACGCCAUCGUGGACGCCGCGAAAGUCGCGCCGAAGAAACCAAAAGGUAGUUGGGGGUACGACGAUGACGACGACGAUGAUUGCGAUCACAUGGGUGGGUCUGGAGAUUUAGGCGGGUCGUUGGAUGUUGAUUAUUAA